CCCUGUGCAGUUAGCCCUGCUUGCCACACUUGGGAUGGAGCCUGGGGUUAAUUAGUAGAACUAACUGGGUAGAAACUGCAGCAAGAAACUGCAAAGUAAGGGGAAUGCAUAGGAAGCUGUACAGAGAGUGAAAAAAGCACAGAAGACCCUGAGAUCAGGGGAGUUGCUCCAUCUAGGAAGGGCUGGGAGUAGCCUGCUAAAAUAGGAAGGAACCUGAGACACCAGUUGGACUUUUUAUUUAGCAAGGACUGUGUAUUCAGCUGCACUACGUCUCUUCCUCCUCAUCAUCAAGGCUAGUGCCAGGGCACUGUGAACAAGGGCAAAAAACGAGGUCAGGGCCUUGAGCUAUGCAUUUUCAUGCUUUUCACAUCCUCCUCCUGGGAAUGUCAUUGGUAAGGGAAUACAGCUCCAGUCAAUGCACAUGUGAAGAGAAAGCAAAUACGUGCACAUUCAUUCCCUGUGGAAUCCCUGGGAGCAAUGGUUUACCAGGAAGAGACGGGAAGGAAGGUCCAAAAGGAGAAAAGGGAGAGCUAGGGUUGAGAGGGACACAGGGUCUCCCAGGAAAAGCAGGACCCUCUGGGCCAAAAGGCGAGAAAGGUUCAGUAGGUGAAAGAGGACCAACAGGCCUUAGUGGAGGCCAAGAACUUAAUCAUCUUAAAAUUCAAGUGAGAGAGUUGCAAGCACAACUGAAGGCCUUGCAAGCUACUGUCAGCAAAGCCCAGAAAGUCCUGCUUUUCCCAAAUGGCAUGACUGUCAGUGAAAAAAUAUUCAAAACUGAGGGCUCCGAAGGCGACUUUGAGACUUCAAAAGCUACAUGUUCCCAAGCUGAUGGCCUGCUUGCUUCUCCAAGGAAUUCUGCAGAGAAUAGCGCCAUCCAACAAAUAGCAGCUAGGCAUAAAAAAAUGCCAUUUCUUGGAAUAAAUGACAUACAGACAGAAGGCACAUUUAAGCAUCUAAAUGGUGAAGCAUUAGGAUACUCAAACUGGGCAUCAAACGAACCAAAUAAUUCUGAAGGAAUAGAGGACUGUGUAGAAGUACAUUCAAGUGGCAAGUGGAAUGACAGAUCCUGUGCAGAGAAACGUUUAAUAAUUUGUGAAUAUUAAUCUACCUGCCCUUUUGGUUAUUUGUCACUUAGUACAAAUGUGCAUACAGCUUUACAUAUGGUUAAUUAUAUCAAUUUACAGUAGCCCUACGUUUUGAACAUUGUGCUGCAUCAGUAAUGUAAAACAUACAGCUGUCUACUGUAUGUGAAAAACUGUGGUCCAAUAAAAUAAUCAUGCAACACUGAUCAGUGUACUGAGCUGGUUAAAAAUGGGGAUAUAUUACAAAUGCUGUGAGAUGAUUGAUGCCCACUCAUUUUCAGAUUGCCACUGUUCCAUACAAGGACCCAUCCUGGGAAAUCCAUAGGAAUUAGACACAUGGCAUGUUUGUAACUUAAAAGGCUACAAGAUGUUCACUUUGUUCCAUAUAGAGCCACCUGGCAAUGCAUUAUCUUGACAGGCAGGUACUUGGGAUGAAAAGUCAAGUGGCAGAAUUGAAAUUUCA